AUGAGCAUGACUCCACAGAAUCAUCCACCUCGUCCUCCCGUAGGCCUUCCACAGACUUUUAACGGCAACAUGUCUAUCGGUCAUGAUCAACAAGCCAUGAUGGAACAAAUGGCACGGAUCGCACAACAGACUCAACAACAACAACAAGGUCAAUUUCCUCAAAACUAUUUAGAUCCAAAUCAUCCUCAAUUCCAAGCUGUCCAACUCCGUCUACAACAGCAGCAACAACAGCAACAUCAAAUUCGUAUACGUGAAGCUAAAGCUGCCGCUCAAAGAGGUUUAGGUGUCGCCGUUCAACAAACACCUAUGUCGAUGCAACCCAUGUCAACGGUACAAGCUGUUCAAUCGAUACAUCCUUCACCUCACAUGCUCGCGACUGGUUCCCCAGCCAUGAGACCGACCAUGACUCCCAAUGGUCAUCCGCCUCCUUAUGAUCCUCAAGGACGUCCCGUACCGACCGGAGCAUGGCAACAAGCUCCACCUCUGGUCAGAACCAAUUCCGUCGGUCGUCCAAUGCAAGCACAGUUUCAACCUCAUCAUCAACAAAUGCUGCAACAACAUGUCAUGCAGCAUUAUCAGCAAAUGGGUCAACCUACCAUGAUACAACAAGGCACUCCUCGACCGCCCAACUCUCAGCCUCAACAGCAACAGCAGCAGCAACAGGGUCAAAUUAAUCGUCAAUCUCAACAAGGCAAUCAGUCAUCUGCCAAUCACCUUCAAAUCCCUCAGAUGGCACGAGCAGCUUCUAUUGGUCCCGGUCGGUCGACUUCUCCUUUGGCUCAAAUCCCCGUCAACGCCGGAAUGCAAGAAGCGCAAGGACCUACCUCGGUCCCUAACAUGAAUCACUCUCAACCGACGAUGCCCGAGCGAUCGGCGACCCUGCCCGUUCCGAUAAAGCCAGUUCAGAUCGGUCUCUCCACCUCGCAAAGAGCAGGAACAGUUUCUCCUAGCAAGAUGAACCCGCCAAGUCCUUCACAAGCUCAUCAUCGAAGGUACUACAAUGACAACAAGGUAGAGCUGCUGGAGAGUGCCGUUUCUCGUGUCAAACGACAAUCGGACAAAUCUAGCAGAAUCAAGGCACAGAUGCGUUUGUUACAGGCCAAGCUGCAGACCAUCGAAGCUGGCGAAGGCGGAGAUGAAGGGAAGGAAGAUGAGGAUGAAUGUAAGGAUGAGGCACUCUUCACAGAGCUUGUUCUGGAAUACCUAUCCAAAGCGGGUUAUUCACAAGUCGAAGAGAGCUUCAAAGCGGCUUUACAAGACAAAUCUACGACCCAUGAUGGUUCACCGAAAUCCACAACGACAUCGGACAAGCAAGGCGAGGGGGAGAAAAGACGGAACAGCAAUGCUUCCAGCGUAGACAUGCUUGCUAGUCUAUCUGGAAACACAUCGCUCGAACUCCGAACUCCUGUCGACGGCUCACCGAUCAAAAUGUCUCUUCAGAUGACUAAGACCGCUUCAAAUGAAGAUAUUGUAAUCCUUCACCCACUCGGUAUUCCUUCCCCCGUCGUCAAGCGCUCUGAAGACACUCCUGUGGUUCCAAGCGUGGAAGGUAGUCCUAAGAAACCCCUGCUGGACACUGAUGGAUCUCCCCAUCAGACUACCGAGAACCAAGUUCCGCGUCAGCAAGGUUCGCCCACCAAAGUGUCCCCAUCCAAGGGAGACGACGAGAUGGAAGUGGAUGACUCUGUCGCUUUGGAGACGAUGCAAGCACAGGACGUCAAAGGUACCCAUGUGGUCAAGUCGAGGGCGGGGAAGGAUUUAGGAAAGCUUUACUCUUGGUGGACCGCUCAUCAGACUUUUUCAAAGUUGAUGAAGUCCGGAUAUACAGUUGAGGCUAAUGAAACCACUCAGACAGGAUCAGAGAGACGACGACCUACAGAGCCUACUACAAAAGCUCCCGACACUGCCGCUCACCCCCCCACCGCACCGACUACUGCAGCUUGCCCCGACUCUGCCAUGGCGGCUCGCAUAGCUGUCUCCUCCCCUGCUGCAGCCGUUCGCGCCUCUUCUGUCGACAUGAAACCGAAUACUUCGGGACCGACAGCGACGCCGCAGCAACAAGGGCAAGGACAACAACAACCUUCAGGCCCCGGACCAAUCACCGCUACAUUGCAGCAGGCUCAGAGCAUGCAACAAGCUCAACAGGCUCAAAUCGCCGCUCAGCAGAGAGAAGCUCAGAUGCGGGCAGAGCAAAUGGGCAUGCAACAUCAAGCUCAGCAACAGCAGCAGCAGCAAGCAGCUCAAGGUUACACCUUUGUUUUACCUGACGGUCGACAAGCUUACUUCAACCCGGAAGAAGCGCGACAAAUGCGAAUGCAGCACGGUCAGCAAAUGUGGCCCGGUCAACAAACGCCAAUGGGUCAACAACAUCCUGCGAUGAUGGGUCAGCCAGGUAUGCAACAACAGCAUUUCCACCCUUCCGAUCCCAACAUGCACGGGAUGCAGAAUCCUAUGAACAUGCCCAACGUCAACGGACCCCCUCGGAAUGGCACACCUGGACAUAUGAUACACCCCUCACCGCACAUACAGAUACCUGUCGGUUUAGAUAGAGGUAUUUCUCCUUCCAGCAGUAGCGCUAAAUCAAAACGACCUGCAGGUAGUCCUCUGACUGGACCUGGAGCCAAGAGGAAUCGUGAAGAGGGGAAAACACCGACACCUGAGGAACAUCAACGUAAAGCACUUGAAGUAGCUGCUAAAGCCACUGGGCAACCUCCUUGGAUGAUACAAGGAAUGCCGGGACCUCCUUCAACACCUGGUGUUCCCCAGCCACAAGCUCAAAGAAUGCUCAGUGACGCUCAUCGGACUUACGCCAUGGAAAUCGCCGAAAAAACCAGAAAACAAGCUGCCACUUUAAGUGCUCAGCAGAUGAACGGUAACGGACCACAUGUCAAUGUGAACGGGAUGACUAGCGCUUCUCCCAUUGAAAAUUUCAUGCUCGAUUCGAUAGAUACCAACCUGGGUGGACAUAACACACCUUCCAUGCCUCCUCCCAGCGCCGGUGCUCAAUCACAGUCUGGCGAUGGUGAUGUAGGUGGUCCAGGGGUUAAAGGUAAACCCAAAGCGAGAAGAGCUCCACCACUGAAUCUCGAUCGAGAUACCGCUGUUGAACCUCCUGAAACUACCGCCACUUCAACCGCUUCAGGUAAACGAAAACCAAGUGCUAAGAAACCUCCCAAGAAUAUGACCGCGAAAGCGAAAGCCGCGCAGAAUCAGAAUCAGAAUCAAAAUAUGAACCAGACACCUGGUCAGAUGCAGAAUCAGAAUCAGAUGAGUCAGAAUCAAGGACAACAUAAGGUCAGUCAAGAUGCAUAUUGGAGAAGUAUUGCUGAAGCUGUUCUUUAUCAGGGUGGUAAACGUAAUUCAAUCGAUUGGGAUCAUUCUACACCUCAAGCUAUCCCUACUCCUAAUCAACAACAAACCCCAGAAACUCCUAAUCAUUUCGGAAUGGACUUUGAUCCUCAUAAUCUAUCAAGACAGGGUCAAGCACCCGGUUCCUCAAGAUCACAACAUUCUCAAUUACCUAUGGAUCUUUUAGGUAGUGCAGGACCUUCACCACAUCCUCAACAUCUUCAACAACAACAACAGCAGCAGCAGCAACAACAACAAAUGCAUAUUCAACAUUCUGAUUUCAACCAACAUCAACAACAACAACAACAGGGACAACCGAAUCUUCCUCAGAUGCCAAUGAAUCAACAAUCGCUUCAACAGCAACAGCAAAUGGAGCAGAAUGAGCAGAGAGGAUUAGCGGAUGAUCUAAAGUUGUUCGGUGGGGAUGAUUUCGGGUUCAAUUUUGGAAUGUCGCCUCUGCCUGCGCAGAAUCCAGGGCAGGAGAAUGAAGAGACGUUUUUCGAGUUUGAUAUGGUAACGGGUGCUACGCGUAUCGGUGCAGAAGUCAACCAGAGAAAGGAUGUGCAUGGAAUUAGCUGGCUAUCAUCAGGGGCGAGUGAAGUUAGUGCUAACGAUCAGUGGGACCAUGCUAAUUUCGGAAACGACGAUAACGAAUUACAUCUCGAUGGAACGUUUCCUACUUUACCAUGA